AUGGCUAAACCGAUGACAAAGUUGACUGGGAAGGAUGUCAAGUUUAUUUGGUCUGAGGCAUGUGCAAAGAGUUUCGAGAACCUGAAGGAUCACUUGACCCAGACUCCUGUGCUUGUGCUACCUAAGCCGGGAUUGCCAUAUGUAGUGUACACAGAUGCAUCCGGAACGGGAUUGGGAUGUGUGCUUAUGCAAGAAGAGAAGGUGAUUGCUUAUGCGUCAAGGCAGCUGAGGCCUAAUGAGGUUAAUUAUCCGACGCACGACCUUGAAUUUGCUGCCGUGGUUUUUGCUCUUAAGAUAUGGCGUUCUUAUCUGUACGGAGAGAGGGUACAAAUUUUUACGGAUCACAAGAGCUUAAAGUACAUUUUCACUCAGGGAGAGCUGAAUCUGAGGCAGCGGAGAUGGACUGAGUUGUUGGCGGAUUACGACUUAGAUAUACUUUAUCAUCCCGGGAAAGCUAACCAAGUAGCAGACGCUCUUACUAGAGGUAAGGCAGACGUUUCCGAAGGCAAAGAAGUGCAAGAGCUCGUUGCUACUUUGGCUACUUUGAGGUUGUGUUCUAUAACCAUGGACGGAGAAUCAGUUAGGUUAGAAGCCCUAGAUCAGGCGGAUUUACUUUGGAGGAUCUACGAAGCAAAGCAAAAGGAUGUUACCUUGCGGAAGUUGCUUGACAAGGAAGUUUCCGGAUACCGUAUUGCUGCAAACGGGACUUACUUGUUCAGAGACAGAGUGAGUGUGCCAUACAACAAGGACUUGAAGGAUGAGAUCUUGCGUCAGGCUCAUACUUCGACAUUUUCGAUUCACCCGGGAAAUACGAAAAUGUAUCGGGAUUUGAAACGCUACUACCAUUGGGACAGGAUGAAGUGA